AUGGACUUGCUGGUUGUCGGCUCUGUGGCAGCCAAUGACUCUUACAUGAUCGCGCGCGGCUGGGGAGAUGGAGGGCAACAGUUGGCAGACUGUUUGCCUCGUUGGGAGGAAGCGCUGAACUACACAAACUUUCCUCAGCUUCUCCGGAUGUUGCACGACGUGUUUCCUGGCCUCAUCAUUUGGCAAUCGUAUCCUUUUGUGCGCAGAGAAAGAGACCGUCACGGAAGACUGCUACCGGAGCAUGUUGAGGCAAUCCACCGAAUGAACGCACAGACGGAAAAGGCCAUCAAAUCUUUCCAAGAAGGUUUUGCGACUGCCUGUGAUGCACGCAUACUUUUCGAUGAUUUCUGGCCGUUGCAGGUGAAGCGUGCAGACAUUACCGAGAUAUGA